CGAGCCCUACCGAUAUCCGACGCCUGCGCCGCCAGUGUCUGCUCGGGGAGGGCAGGCAGGGAGGGCUCGCUCCGCCCUUCCACAUCGCUAAGCAACGCGGCCGCGGUGACCGAGCCAGGCUGCUCCGGCCGGGGGUCGCCGGGGCUGCAGCAGGCCGGGUGGAGAGCAGGGCAGGCAAGAGCGGACGGUUCGGUCGCGCCCAGGUGUAAAAAUAAGCAACUGGAAGCACCAAGACCAGCAUGAAAGUCAACUUCACAUUGAGUGCUUACCCUGGGACACUGGUGCCAAGUUCUGCCUCCCUGGCAACCAUGCAGCUGUUCAUCUCUGGAGCCUCAGGUCACAAAUAAUGCUUCAGGGAGGUCUCUGCUUCUGGGUGCCAGUCAACAGCAGUGGUAGAUAGCAAAAUGGAAAUGAUGGCAAGUGACGACGACACAAGAGAUAUCUUGAGGCCGUUGGUGUUCCGUCUCCAUGAGAAUGUCCCUGCAUUAGUGCGUGAGGUUUUACUGGAACGUGGCUGGACUGAAUUUGACAAAAAGGAGCAAGAUGAUGCAGACUGGAACUUGUACUGGCGGAACUCACCUUUCUGCAUGACAGACCACCGUGGCGUUAAGCCGUGGCAGAGACUCAACCAUUACCCAGAAGCUAUUCGCAUCACCAGAAAAGACUUCUUGGCAAGGCACCUGAAACGUAUGAAAGGAGCAUUUGGAUCAACACUGUAUGAAUUUAGUCCAGUAGCAUUCAUCAUGCCUAAAGACUAUGUCAAAUUUGUAGCAGAAUACAGCAAGGAGAGGCAGUCAGGAGGCAGAAGUGGUUGUUACUGGAUUUGCAAGCCUGUAGAUCUCUCCCGUGGAAGGGGCAUACUCAUUUUCCAAGAUAUUAAAGACUUAGUAUAUGACUGUACAGUCAUUGUGCAGAAGUACAUUAGUAAUCCCUUGCUUAUUUCAGGGUAUAAACUGGAUCUGCGUCUUUAUGUGUGCGUUACCAGUUUUUGCCCCCUCACCAUUUACACUUAUGAAGAAGGACUGGUGAGGUUUGCCACUGAAAAGUUUGACCUCGAAUCUCUGGACAACGUCUAUGCCCACCUAACAAACACUAGCAUCAACAAAUAUGGAGCCUCCUAUAAAAAGUAUAAAGAAGGGAUUGGCUGUGGCUCCAAAUGGACAUUCAGCAAAUUUCGUUCUUAUCUCCGAAUAUUUGAUGUGGAUGAUGUGGUCCUCUGGCAGAAGAUCAAUAACAUAGUGAUCCUCACCCUGCUCGCUCUAACCCCCUUACCAGUGGCUUCCAACUGCUUCGAGCUCUUUGGCUUUGACAUCCUGAUUGAUGACAAAUUCAAGCCAUGGCUUUUGGAAGUCAACUACAACCCAGCCUUGUGUUUAGACUGUUCCAUUGAUGACACUGUGAAGAGAAAACUUCUUCACGAUGUCGUUGAACUGCUGAACUACAAGCAGAUUGACACUUUGAGGCAUAACCAAGUGGCUGGAAUAAAAGCUGGCAGAAGGCAGGUGCUGUGGAGCACAGCUGGUGAGAGAGCCACCAAGGAGACUAGCAGCUUACUCAACUGCCAAAAGGUGGCUAAACGUAGUUCUGCUUCUUCUGCACAACCUGCCCUUCGUAAGGUGGCUGCUCUGACCAAGAAAACUACCAGAGCACAUCCAAGAAAAACACUGACUUCCCAGCUGAGGGAAAAAAUGAACACACCAAAAAUAUCUGUGAAAGCCGAGGCUGAAAAUAAACAACCCCUAGGAAUUGGGCACUCAUCACGAGAGUCUGCCCGACUCUGCCACCAGUUACCCACACCUGAUGCCUUCAACUACAAGUUAAUCCCAUGCCCUUAUUUCAUCUCUGAUAAAGACCAGAGGCCUAUCCCCCGUGUAGGAGAUUUUGUCCUUAUUUUUCCCUUCAAUGAAGCUGCACUUAAAGCUUCCAAGGAUGGGACAAAUAUCAAGAACAUCAUAAAGGAAAUAAGCAAAUUAGUGAGCAAACAGUUACCAUCAUAACAGCAGAAAGCAAAGCAAAGUGUACACUUCUGUGUAACUUUGUGGUGUUAGGUACUUCUUGUAACAUUAACAUAAUUCCAUAAUAAAAGUAGAAGUUGGAUUUCUCAAAACAUCCUCAGAAA